GAAGGUGCAUUCUCGCGAGGUUUAGGAAAUUUCCCACGGCCCGUGUUGUGUCUGAGCCGCGUAGUGGAAGGCGGUGGGAAGGAGGUGUAGCGUGAGACUGGGCUGCCCGCAUUGGGCACAUGCGCAGUGCCGCGCGCGCGCGCGCGCGCGCGCGUGUGUGUGUGUGUGUGUGUGCCGCGCCAAUCCUGCAGCGCCUACAGCAGGUUUCGGGCGGCUGAUUCCAGUUCUCCGGGUUUUGGGGCUCCCUGCGGGAGGCAGUGCUGGACCUGGGAAUCUCUGGAAAGGACAGGGAAAAGAAGGGGGGGGGGAGGUGAACGCAGGGAGGGCUGCAGGUACAGAGGAGGAGGCGGGUUCAGGCCUUGCACCGCGCUGUAAGUGCUCAGCCGGACCACGUUAGCUGGGGCUUCCGGGCUUAGGCGCCCCCCUAACUGGAGUACGUUUCGGGCCACGGGCAGCGUCCUCGGCUAUGCCAGGCCCACAGGAGGACCCGCUCCCUGGGCAGCAGCGUCGGGCCCCGCCUGUGGCCGGGCGCGCACAGACAGCUGGUGGACAGGAGGGCUGUGGUUGCCAGAGGCCUCGGGCUGACCUCGUCUGGCACCCGGCAGAAGCGGCCAAGGCCACAGGGCUCCCCGCACAACUUUCUCGUGUGUGGAGCUCGGGAAGGGUCGAGUCACGAGGGCGCCCGUGUCCACGUCCCCUCUGGCCUGGGGCGCGCGCGGGGAGGAGGGGGGGCCGGCAAGCGGAAUGAAUGAAGGGAGUUCCUGCUGGCCUGUCACUCGCCCGCAGCUCGCUCACCUGGCGCCGACGUUAGCAAUAAAGGAGGCGUCCAACGAACGUCUGAAUGAAUGAAAAGGGCUGGGAAGCCGCAGUGAGCGCGGGAAGCCACUUGGAAAACACCCCUUUGAGGAGGCGGCCCGUUUUUCCCAGGACCCCUCCUCCCUUGCCACCUCGGCCCCGCCUCCUGACCCCUCCAUUCCCCGUCCCCGUAGGAAUCCCCUCCGGUUUUCCUCAGUCUCCAGGGCGCGCCCCAAAACCCGGAAAAGCGGAGCGCUCCCCAUGGACCACACGGAGGGCUCGCCCGCCGGGGAGCCGCCUGCGCAUGCUCCAUCGCUGGGGAAAUUUGGUGAGCGACCUCCACCCAAGCGACUCACUAGGGAAGCUAUGCGGAACUAUCUAAAAGAGCGAGGGGAUCAAACAGUGCUUAUUCUUCAUGCAAAAGUUGCACAGAAGUCAUAUGGAAAUGAAAAAAGGUUCUUUUGCCCUCCUCCAUGUGUGUAUCUUAUGGGCAGUGGAUGGAAGAAAAAAAAAGAGCAAAUGGAACGCGAUGGUUGUUCUGAGCAAGAGUCUCAACCUUGUGCAUUUAUUGGAAUAGGAAAUAGUGACCAAGAAAUGCAGCAGCUGAACUUGGAAGGAAAGAGCUAUUGCACAGCCAAAACCUUGUACAUAUCUGAUUCAGACAAGAGAAAACACUUCAUGUUAUCUGUAAAGAUGUUCUAUGGCAACAGUGAUGACAUUGGUGUGUUCCUCAGCAAGCGGAUAAAAGUCAUCUCCAAGCCUUCCAAAAAGAAGCAGUCACUGAAAAAUGCAGACUUGUGCAUUGCCUCAGGAACAAAGGUGGCUCUGUUUAAUCGGCUUCGGUCCCAGACUGUCAGUACCAGAUACUUGCAUGUAGAAGGAGGCAACUUCCACGCCAGUUCCCAGCAGUGGGGAGCAUUUUACAUCCAUCUCUUGGAUGAUGAUGAAUCAGAAGGGGAGGAAUUCACCGUCCGAGAUGGCUACAUCCAUUAUGGACAAACGGUCAAACUCGUGUGUUCUGUGACUGGCAUGGCACUCCCAAGAUUGAUAAUUAGGAAGGUUGAUAAGCAGACGGCUUUGCUGGAUGCAGAUGAUCCUGUGUCUCAACUCCAUAAGUGCGCAUUCUACCUGAAGGAUACAGAAAGAAUGUACUUGUGCCUUUCUCAAGAAAGAAUAAUCCAGUUUCAGGCCACUCCAUGUCCAAAAGAACCAAAUAAAGAAAUGAUCAAUGACGGAGCUUCCUGGACAAUCAUUAGCACAGACAAGGCGGAGUACACCUUUUACGAGGGAAUGGGCCCCGUCCUUGCCCCUGUCACCCCUGUGCCUGUUGUGGAAAGUCUCCAGCUGAAUGGUGGAGGGGACGUGGCGAUGCUUGAACUCACAGGACAGAAUUUCACUCCAAAUUUACGAGUGUGGUUUGGGGAUGUGGAAGCCGAAACGAUGUACAGAUGUGGAGAGAGCAUGCUCUGUGUUGUCCCAGACAUUUCUGCAUUCCGAGAAGGUUGGAGGUGGGUCCGGCAGCCAGUCCAAGUUCCAGUAACUUUGGUUCGUAAUGAUGGAAUCAUUUAUUCCACCAGCCUUACCUUUACCUACACCCCAGAACCAGGGCCCCGGCCACACUGCAGCGCCGCGGGAGCCAUCCUUCGAGCCAACUCCAGCCAAGUGCCCCCCAGCGAGCCCAGCACAAACAGCGAGGGCAGUUACACAAACACCAGUACAAAUUCAACCAGCGUCACAGCGUCAUCCGCAGCCACGGUGCUAUCCUAACCACCGUCUUUUUGCUGGGACCUAAACUGACUGGAGUGUGGCCGAAAGUUGACAGAAAAAGGAAAGAGAAAAAAAAAAAAUGAACAAUCUCUUGUGGUUUCUUGGGAAAACUUUUCAUACCAGGUGAUACUAUAGAAAGCCCCUGCCUGUUACUUGCAAGUGCUGAUUGGAAACACAGAAGCCACCGUCAAACGAAAACAACAGCUAAAUGUACAAAGCAUUGGAGUUGAAUUUUCAGCUGUUUUUUGUUUUGUUUUGUUUUUAUUUUUUUGGUCUUUGUUGUUUCUCUGUUGUUGUUUGGUCAGUUUUGUUUAAAUGGGCAAGAAAUAGAUAUGUGGCUGGAAUAAAAGUUAAGCAAACUAGAAGGCACAAAUCUAACAUAGUUUUUACGGACCAAGGAACUUGUAUAAGCUUUAGUAAAAGGUACCUUUUCACCAUACCUUUUUUUAUAUCGCAGUAUAUAGUACACCUUGUUACCAAAUAGGCUCUUCUCCCUGCCCUUUGGAGCUUUGCUCUGAAGUACAGCCCGGCUCCAAGCCCGACCGCACUGCUUCAUCCAGUUACCCGAUGCCAGGUCGCUUUGGUCCAAGGCUGGAACUUUUCUUUUUUCCUUUUUUAUGCUGACGUCUUAAUGACUUUCCGUGAGUUGAAAUUGUUUAAAUUUCAGCAAGUCACAUCUUCAAAAGUCUGCAUAUUUUUUUUUUAAAAGAUUAAAUGAAGUCUGUGCAAAAGCUUUAAAAGAGAUGCCUCUGCCUUGCCUGCCUACACGCAAUGGACGUGAACUUGGUCUCUGUCCUCAGACACUGCUGGGAGUUCUUCUAUGUUUUCCUUUUUUUACAAAGAAAUUGUAUUUAUAGUGGUAAUCCAAGAAGUUUUAACGUUGGUGUGGAAUCCCAUGUGGCCAUUUAGUUAAUGAGCUAAUGGCGCAGAAAGUGUCGGUGUUUGAAGUGUUGGCCCCCCUUCCCUGUGCGUAAGUGCAUCUGUACGUGCCGGGACGUGUUCAGGUCCUCCUCCGCCCCGAUAUUGUACAUAACUUGUAUUAUGUGUAAGUUAAACAUUUUAUUUUGAACAUGGAAUGUUCCCAAUGAUUUCGUUCAGCAGGGUCUUUUUCUGCCUUGUUGACAAAUGGAAAAAAAAGAAUAUAUCAUGAGAAUUAUUUGCUAUCAAUUGAUAAUGACACCCUUAUGGUAGAAUGUGGAAAAUUUCAACAAAAGCAUGCUUUAUUACCUUUGCCUCUUUUUUUUUUUUUUUCUUGUUUGGUAGCCUAAUCCAAAUCAUCAUUGUAAUCUUUAAACAGAAGAUGCUUUUAUUAGGUGAUAAACUAAAAUAGCUGAAAGACAGUACUUUAGAAGCAGGUCAUUGCAAGAUCAUAAAAUGCAAAUGUAACUUAUGUUUCUAUUUCUCCCCAUGCCUAUUUUGGUCUCCUCCCCGGUACUGGGCAUCUCCACAAAUGUCUCCUGCUCAGAAAAAAAAAAAAAAAAGGAAAAAUGUGUUAAGACGUGAUUGAGUGUUCAGGGCUGUGUUGGCUCACAUGCUCGUCUGGCCAGCCUGAUGCUGCUGCCAUUCCUGCACUUUGGUUACGCCUUUGUUCAGCUUCUUAGCAACUGCAGCAGACUCGUCGGAGUACCUGAGUACAGGAGCCCUGUGUGCAAUGUGUUGAGGACACAGGCAAAGAUACAAUCAUCCUUAGAGUAAAAACUACCUCUGGAUUGUGGUAAGCUUUUACUGUCCCAUAAAACAGGAGCCACAAGUACCUUGUGAGUGCAAAACUGUGACUUCCUGCAGCGUUCCUGGUGUCUUUCUGGUGUCCUGGGCCACUACUAAGAAGUUUCCAUCGUUAGGCUUUUUAAAUACAAGGAGCCUGUUUUCCUGCUUUGCAGUCUUCAUUACUCUGUGCUUAGACUAUGCCACUGUAAAUACUGUUCCAAACAUCCUUAAAUUGCCUUGUCCUUGCUUUUCAAGGGGAAAGUCCUUUGUAAAACACACGAGGUGGUUAAAUCAAUGUUAUUGGGGUUUCCUCUUAUUGAAAGAAAGCCUUUAAUCACCCCAGGCUGCACUAUACUAUAUGUAAAUAUCUGUGUGUAUGUAUAUAGCCUUUCCGAUCUGCUCCAGUCACUCACUCCUCUCUUGUAAAUUAAUCCUGCCUCACACCUUAAAUCUGUGAUCAAGGGCAGAGCUCAUUGUGGCCUUAUCUUUCUUUGUUGUAACUGUUCACUCGCUUUGACUUGCAAACUUGCUUAUUUCUGGGUAGUAUUUAUUUUCUCUGUUGCGUCAUGGGAAGUAAUUACUGCAGAGUGCUUUGUUAUUCUGGGUGUAAAGGUAUUUUCCAUGCUGCUUUACUUUCAGCGGGCCACUUUUAAUCCUCCACUUCUUAUUGAUGGUUAGUUAAGGAAUGUUAUGAAAUUAACUGAUUACAAAGGAGAAGCUUUGGAAGAACAAACUUCGUUACCCAGCUUUGUAGCUCAAAGUGAUUUUUUCAAAGUCAUGGAUUUAUCAAAAUGAACUUUGGCUUUUCCAAAUGGUUGUAUCUUAUUUUGGUUCUUUGUUCCUUUGUAAUCAGACAAUUGACAGCAAAUACACACACACCCUUCACACCCUUGUUUUGUUUUUUUUUUUCUGAAAUGUCCAUUUUCCCCACCAAUUUUUUGCCAUUUUCUUACCAGAGACUGAAGAGUGAAAUGAUAGGUCUGUGAUAGUCUGUUGUUUGUCAGUAGUUCUUUUGUCAGCUGCUUGAAAACAGAAGAGGAGACGUUUCCGGUGGUCCUGGGGUCAGUUUCCAGCGUGUAGUGUGGAGGCACCUGGUCCUCCGGCUGCAGUGGGACGUGUUGUCUCCAGCCCACGGGGAGACAUGAGGUGCCAGUUGUUCACGCUCACGGAGACUCUGAGAUCAGUGUGCACAGAGGUGAAAGUGGAGGGUGUUUGACAUUUUGAAGAAUGCGAUUUCAGAAAGGUGUCUUGGGCUCUCAUGAUUCUAUGCAAUUUCUACAAAUGUACAUGAAUGCUGAGCUGUGAUCCAGUCCAUGGAGCCCAUUACAUUUAUCAGACUGAGGAGUUUUAUUGUAAAAUGCCCUUUAUAUUUUGAAUGAUUUCACAGUUGAACACUAGUCUAACAUUUAACCUGCUGCUGACUUUUCUUAAACUGGCACCUACAGCCAUCAUGGGGACAUGAAUUCCUUGGGGAGUCCUAACUGGUUGAUUUGCUUUUGUUUUUAAUGAAACUAGUACCAGCUGUGCCCCCAUGGAGCUUCUCCAACACUGUUUUUGAGAACUAAACCUGACUAGUCAUGGAAACCAGAAUAUCCGCAGGGGGAAUGAGGGUCCUUUUUGAAACAAAAUGCUCUUCAGUUAUCUACCAAGCUCUUUUUUUUCUCCUUUUUUUGUGAAAGCAGCUGUAUUUCUGAUGAGUACUGAACAGCCAUGUGUCAGUUUCCGUGCCAGCCCUUGACUUUGUUUUCAAGCACUGUGAUGUUGGAUUGAUGGUUAGAAACAAUAAUAUAUUAGGGUUUCUGUUUAACCCAUUCAGGACUGAACUGUAUCUCUUUUCAUUCAUUUUUCCCUGUGUCGUGAUAAAUGUUUGCCGGCAUUCAGUACUGUGUUGGUCCAGAUGUAGGUUUCUAUGCUCCUUUUUAGCUGAUUUCUCGUACCUUGCGGCAUGCUCUAUGCAUUCAGUCCUUAAGGGGGUUAUUUUACAAACUGUGCGCCU